AUGACUGCUUCGACCACUGAAGCCCUCAAGGCGCGCUUCCCCGAUAUCCCGUAUGUGCGCCUCCCGCGUCCAGAGCACCACCCUCUUUGGCAUUACCCCGGCUUUGCCCCCGGCGAACGCAAUGUGCUCCCUGCCGGCCACCGCAAGGAGCCUGGCCUGCGCGCCUUUGCCGUUGACACGGUCUUUGAGCGCGACCUCGCGGUGCCGAUGCGCGACGGUGUGACGCUGUACACGGACGUGUUUCGCCCGCUGUCGUCGGAUCCCUCCCUGACCGCCAUCAAAGUUCCUGCCAUCCUGGCCUGGUCGCCUUACAGCAAGGGUGGCAGCCCGUUCCAGUACCAUGUUGUCGCGCCCAACAACUCGGGCGUUCCUCGCGACGCGUUGAGCGGGUACCACGCAUGGGAAGCGCCCGACCCCGCCAACUGGGCCGACCGCGGAUACGCCGUCGUGAACAUUGACGCACGCGGGUCGGCCUACUCUGGCGGCGACAUUGCGUACUGGGGUCAGCAGGAGGCCGAGGACAUCUACGACACGGUGACCUGGCUAGCGGCGCAGCCGUGGUGCAAUGGCUCGGUUGUCAUGGCCGGAAACUCGUGGCUCGCAAUCUGUCAGCUCCACUUUGCGUCGCGCUUCCAACACCCGGCACUCAAGGCCAUUGCGCCCUGGGAGGGCGCGGCGGACAUAUAUGAUGACAUGUAUCUGCGCGGCGGCAUCCCACACUUGUUGGAUUUUACGGAGGCUAUCGGCCAGUCAUUUGCUGGACACGGCUCUGCGGAGGACAUCCACAACGCCCGCGCCAACCAUCCUCUGCGCGACGACUACUGGGAGACCAAGCGGGCGCGCCUCGAGAACAUUGACGUUCCCAUGUACGUCGUUGCGUCGUACUCGUCUACUCUUCACACCCACGGCUCGUUCGCGGCGUUUGAAAAGGCCAAGACGGCCAACAAGUGGCUGCGUGUGCACCCGUAUCAAGAGUGGUACGACCAGUUCUGCCCAGAGAAUGUGAACGAUCUGCAGCGCUUUUACGACCGGUACGCUAAGGGAGUACAGAAUGGGUGGGAGACGGACACGCCGCGCGUGCGCCUCAGUAUGUUGGGUUUCGACGGUAGCCCCGAGCCGACAGUCAUUGAGCGCCCGGAGCAGACGUACCCUGUCGAACGGACCAUGCGCGUGACCUACUUCCUGGACGCGGCGGCCGGGAGCCUCUCUGCGUCUGCGCCUACGGCCCACGCGCAGAUCGCCCACGAGGGGCACAGCCUGACGGCAACCUCGGACUUUGUGCUGCACUUCGACCGCCGCACUGAGGUAGCAGGCUACGCCAAGGUCAAACUCUACAUGAGCUGCGACGAGCACGACGACAUGGACGUCGUUGUCCAGCUGCGCAAGGUCAGCAAGCAGGGCACGCUUCUCAAACACAAUAAUUUCCCUGUCACGGAGCCAAUCGAGCUCGAGACGAGCGUCACGACGACUCUCGGUGCCCAGGGCCAGCUACGCGCCUCGCACGCAGUGUCGCGCGAUGACACUCUCUCCACCGACCCCAACGUGGUCGUGUACAAACAUGACAAGCGAGAGCCAGUCCCGCGCAGCACCAUCGUCCCACUGGAAAUCACGCCCUGGCCCAUGGGCAUGGUGUUUGGGCCUGGCGAGGGCAUCAUGCUUCGCGUCAGCGGGCACCACAUGGGCCAGACCGAUCUGCCCCAUCUCCCGCCCCCCACGACCCCCCAGGACGCCAACGUCGGCGUGCACACGGUGCACACUGGCGGCAAGUACGCGUCGUGCCUCGUGCUUCCUAUCCUGCCGGAGUAG